GAGGAGGAGUGGCGGGGCGGUGGGCGGUGGUUGCCAAGCGAGGUUUUUUAGCGUGGUGCUUGGGACCCGAGGGGCGUCGAGCGUGUUUCUCGCUGACCCCAAGCCAGGACUUGAGCUGAGGGCUGGGCCGGGAGCGGGAUCCUCAUCGUCCUGCCCGCACUUUGCAGGCUGCCUCCUGGGCCCUCGAUCCGGGGCCCAUCCGGAGUCCUCCUGCGCCCUUCCACCCUAGCCGUCGACGUCCCCGCCCCGCCCAGGAGCUCCCGGCCCCAUCCCGCCCGGUCCCCACCGCGGCCACCGACGCAGGGGAUCAACCGUCCCCGCCGCCACCGCCCAGGCCGCGAAACCCACCCUCCGACGCCUCUAGCCGCUGCUCUUCACCCCCUGGUCGGUGGUAGUGGUUGGUUACCAUGGUGAAGCUGGCAGCCAAAUGCAUCCUGGCAGGUCAGUGGCUCCGGAACCCCGGCAUGGCCUUUGAAGACCUCAAGGGCAUCUCCUUUCGGAAGUCUCCAGGGACCACAAGACCUCAGCCCAGAGACCCGGCCGUGGGCAAGACCGCCCUGGCGCACAUCUUCCGCAGCGAUGGGGUGCACUUCCAGAACUACACCCUGACAGCGGGGGUGGACUUGGUGGUGAAGACAGUGCCGAUUCCCGACACCAGCGACAGCGUGGAGCUCUUCAUUUUUGACUCGGCCGGCAAGGAGCUGUUUUCUGAAAUGCUGGAUAAAUUGUGGGAGAGUCCCAACAUCCUGUGUCUGGUCUACGACGUGACCAGCGAGCAGUCCUUCAGCAGCUGCGGCAAGUGGCUGGAGAAGGCCCGGGCACAGGCUCCAGGCUCCAUCCUGCCAGGUGUCCUGGUGGGAAACAAGACAGACCUGGCCGGCAGGCGGACGGUGGACUCAGCCCAGGCCCGGGCGUGGGCGCUGAGCCAGGGCCUGGAAUGUUUCGAAACAUCUGCGAAGGAGCUGGAGAACUACGAAGCCCCUUUCCACUUCCUGGCCAAGCAGUUCCACCAGCUGUACCAGGAGAGGGUGGAGACGUUCCACACCCUGGUGUGAGGCGCGGCGGCGGCGUCUCCCGGGAAGGCGAGCGGAGCUGGACGGCCUCUGCAUCCGCGAAUAAAAUCAGGAGGAGACCCAGGAGCGCUGUGUCCGUCCUUGGCCGGCAGCCCUGGCCCUGCCGGUCCUGCGCAGCACCCCCGGGAGCCCUGCCCCUCUGGGGGUCACCACUGUUGGAGUGGGGGUCCCGUCCACCGCAUGGCUGGGUGCGGAGGGCCUUGCACCGGGCCAGCAGGCCACCGCGGUUUGGGCACAGCCUGGACUCCAUGGCCGAAGUGAGGCCGGGCCUGUCCCAGCUCCCUGGAGGGGACCGCUGUCCCUGGCCGGGCAGUGCCCUCCCGGAGCCUCGUCCUGUGAAGGGCAGCCCUGCACACCCAGGAGCCCCCGCCCAGCCUCUUCCCUCAGGGCCACUUCUCAGUGAGCCGGGCAGCCGUCCCCCUGCGCCGCGCUCCGCCUCUCCAUCCUGCCUCUGCUCCAGCUCCGUCCCUCCAGAUGCCCCGCUGAGACCCACAGAGGCCCCUGGCCGCCUUGCUGCCCGCUGUGGUCCUGUGGCUUCGCCCUUCCCAGCCCCAUCCCUCCCGUCAGUCCCCGGCCUCUGCCCCGGGCUGGGUGGGCAGACCUGGGUGUGUCCCGGGGUCAUGGCAGCCAUGGACUGAAUCUGCCUCCCGGGUAGGACCUGCCCGACUGCCCGGGCAUUCUAGCUGACCUCGCCGUCCCCCGCUCUGGACAGCCCACCGCUCGGGAGCAGCAGGGGCGCCACGGCCUGUUCUCGCUCCCCGUCCCCUCCCCUCCCCGCGUGGGUGGGGUCAGGCUGCCUGGGGUCGCAGGACGGGUAACAGGUGGCUCCAGCCUGCAGUCACCCAGGCUCUGCCCAGGCCACCACCAAGUCACUACCCAGGGCAGAGGCCGCCCCGGGCAUCGUCCUAGGCCCUGGUGACCCCAAGGUGCUGGCCUGUGUCCCACGUGGGAGCCUGAAUGCUGGACCAAGGGGACGUGGCGGGCAGUGUUUCCCGUCACCCCAAGCUGCACCCAGGGCCUGGGACUGGACAGUUGGUGCCGAGGAGUCGCAGCCUCAAGGUCACAUUCCUUGGCCGCCAGGAGCCGCCCCCACCUCCCCGUCCUCCUCGUGCCCAGCAUUAUGCUGGGAGCCUGGGGAGCGGCCACUAGUACCGUCCUGGGCCCAGUGAGCCGACGGUGACCAGGCGCACACGUCUCGUGCCAGGCCCUCUUCCAGGUGCAGGACUUGCCUCCCGGCGAGGCUCGUGCCCUCGGGCUGGUGUCCUCUGGGAGGACAGCUGUCUGACCACAGGUUGUGGUGGUCAGGGGUUAGGGGAGGGUGUGCGGGCCAGGGGCAGCUGCAGUGUCCUCGAGGUGACGUUGAGCAGGACUGGAGAGAGGCCAGACCGACUGGCACCCUGAGGCACCCCUCAGGAGGAACGUGGCCACUCGGUCCCCAGCGGCCAGCUCGGGACUGCAAGAUGAGCAGGAGGGCACGGGCGGGUCGCCCCGUCCCUCCCUGGAGUGGCCAGCAGGGCCUCCCGGAGGCUGAGGGGCAGAGAGGAAGGUCCUCAGCCUCCACGGCAUCCGUCCUGCUGUGCGAGGCCUGGGCGUGUGCUGGCCCCUUGGCCGCCCUUGGCCUCACCUGGUUCCCCAGCGGGAGGGUGCGUGGGAGGGUGGCGGGCCGAGGGCCUGGGGAGGCCGUGCUUCCAGGGAGGCUGUGUGGGAGGCAGCCCUGGUCCCCGGCCGCCUGGAGCCGUUCCUGUGGCUGGGACGGUGCACCGCGGGGCCCAGGGAGGCUCAGGGCCAGGGGCGGCGGGCAGCAGGGGCUGUGGGAAGGCCUUGGGCCUCGGUGCUGAGGCGUCGAGGGUGUGGGUUUUUCUGGUUUUCUGGUGGUUUUAGUUGUUGAUGGGCCUUUAUUUUAUUCACUUGUGUCUGUGGUGCUGAGACGCGAACCCAGGGCCGCACACAGGCCCGGCGAGCGCCCCGCGGAGCCCAGCCAGCACACAGCUGGACGUUGGGGACUAAGACUUUCCUGGCCCCGCUGGGGGGGCGGGAAGAACAGAUCAGCUGAUCCCAGUCAGGACUGAAGACCGUGCCAAGCCCACCCGGAGCCAGGGGAGCCUCCCGGGUCGGCCUUCCUGUCCCGGCCACCUCUGUGCAGUCGCGGGAAGAGCCUGGGCCCAGGGACAGCGCCAUGUCUGGCAGGCGGGGGCGGGGGCGGGAGUCCCUGCUGCUGGGACGCAUUCCAGACAAGGGGCUGCCAAGGCCCUGAGGCACCAAGCUGGACCCUCUCGAGGGAGGUGCAAUGUGCGUUCGGGCAAGAGAACCGCCCUGACCUUGGGAGGCGAGGGUCAGAGGGCAGCCGCACGCAGGGUGAGCGAGUUUGAAGGGGUUUUGCUCAGAGCAGAGGAAUGGGAGGCUUUUCAGAGAGAAGUGGGGAGCCGCCGAAGGCUUUGGUGACUCAGCUCGACCUCUGCUCCCGAAUGACCGGCCGGGAAGGCUGGGGGACGGCGGCCGGAGGGGCCUGCAGGCGGGCGGUGGGGCGAGCUGGGCCGACAGCCUGAGCUGGAGUUGGGGAGCACGGUCGAGGGUCCUCAGGCUGCGGAAUGUGCUGCGUCUUCAACGCCCUCCUUUACUGACUUCAGAGACGUCGGGUGAGGAGCCCAGCGCUGGCCCCGGGCACCACGACGCUCAGGGACGCCAUGCCCAUGCCGCCCCGCUUCUGCCCAACUGGGAAGCAGAGCGGAUAAACAGGAGGCGGGGCAGAGAGCUCUGUCCACCCCGAAGACUCGGGGAAGACUCGUCGGGGGAUACUGAGCAGGCCGCUCACGAGCCACUGAGACGUGAGGAGAGUGCGCAGUCACCGAGGCCAUCGUGCAACCGGCUGUGGGGCAGAAGGGAGAGACCAGGGCGGCAUGGGGGGCUAGAGACCAGGAGAGCACAGAGUGGGUUUCUGGAGGAAGGACGGUAUCUGCUCUUCCUUGUGGAUCCUUAGAAGCAGCUGGGGGUUAGUGGAAAGAGCACCCAAAAUAGAAUUACUGCUGUGUGUUCUUAGGCAAGGCACUUACCCCCUCUGUUCCUCAGCUUCCCAUUUGAUCAAAUGAGAAUAUCACCAACUUCGCCAAUUUUUGUGUGUGGAUUAAGAAACGUAAAAGCCUCUUUUUUCAAGGCAUGAUAUGUAGGAAACGUUAUAUGCACAAUAGGUGAUUUCCAGAUUUUCUAAGGAAAUAUCUAUUUUAUCUGGAAAAUAGCUAUUGUUUUCUUAUGAACAUGAAAGUGAUAAAUGUUUAACUGCAAAACAAGGAGAAGGAAGAGGAAGAAACUGCAGGGAGGCCCACAGAGUGAGGCCAGCCUCCUCAGAGCCCCCAGGCUCUCAUCCGGGCGGUGGACGCCGUCUCCCGCCUCGGCACGUGAAGGUCUAUACGUGCUCGAACCGGAAACCACGAGCAAGUGCCCGUCUGCGCUGGCCCUCCCUGCCCACCUGACCACCCUGUGGACCCGACUUCCAGACAAACACAUGAAGUCUCACUUGUCAUUUUAUUUCUGUUUUAAAUCAUGAAAACGAAUUCAGAGACAGACAGACAGACAGCACCUGCUUCCCCGACGGUUAGCCGAGGCACCAGGUCCGCCACGCCCACCCUCCCAUUGCACCCGUCACUGUCCCUGUUGGCAGUUUGAAGCCAAGGCCAGCGCUGUCCUGUGGCCACCGUCACCGCUGAUGGGUGGACGGUCAUCGUCCGGGGGCGUCUCAGGUCUGGUCCUCACGCAGCCUCCCAUCACCUCCCGGCUCCUCCUCGGGCUGGUUCAUGCCACGACUCCCUGGUGGCCCUCUGGCCGCGCAGGUGGCCGGCUGUCACUCGGGAGGCGCGGGCGCGCCGUCGCGGAGCCCCGCCCGGUGUCCCUGCAGGGCAGGUUCCUGGGAGGGGACCUUCCGGGUCCAAGCCUGCGCACUUUUAAAGGGCUUUUAACAGCACGUGACAAAUGGCCCUGCAGAGACCGGGACGCGCCACGCUCCCUCCAGCAGGGAGGGCGCCCUGCACAGCUGGGGUGCUAACCAGAGGGAACUAAAGGGACCGCGCGGAAAGGAGAGGAGGACGGGAGGCCCGGCCAUGGGGCAGGGCGGCCACGGAGCCCCGGGGCCCCGACGCGGCAGCCCCGGCCAUGGGUGUGCGGAGGGCCCUGGGCACAGCCCGCCGGUGACGGUGGCAGAUGAAGUUCCGAGGCAGCUAUUGAACCGAGGCUGAGAACAGAGCGAGGCAACGACUCUUCGAUCCUUCUAAUUAGAGCUGCUGUCCAGCGACCUGGGAGCAGGCUGCCCGCCAGGCUGGGAGGGGACGCCGGCUGCGGCAGCCCUGGGUCGGGGGUGGCGCUGCCCUCGGAUCCCAGGCGGGAGGCCGGUGUCCUGAGGGCGCAGAGGCCCACUGGGUGGGCAGCGCUCUGGCAAGACCGUCUGGGCUUGGGCCUGGCUGGGGCCCGGGAGGCGGGCAGAGCUGCCACCACCUGGAGGUGACCUGGCUCCAGCCGGUCCCUCCGCCACCUCCUCUUUCUCGUUUGCUGAAGCUUAAAAACCAAAGUGGAUCCCAAACAUGAGAAGAGCGAGUGAGAGACGCCGUGUACGCAGGAAAGCGGCCUCGGCCGGUCAGGCCGCCCAGCGGGUGGCCAGGACACCCCUCCAGGCCGCCCGGCCCUUUACCUGUCUGCCCACAUACCGGGGCAGAGCUGGUGGGGUCCUAAGUGACCUGCCCUCCGAUUGCCCAAGCCAUGCCCACAGCGAGCAUCGACUGUCCCCACCAGGGCCACACUGGCCAGGGAUGCCCGGGGCGCUGUGGCCUGCUGUCCAGCCAGGAGCGGGGCUAGAGGGAGCUCCGUGGGGUGGCGCUUGCCGCAUGCGCGAGGCCCCAGCUCCACCCGGCACCCUCUCUGGAGGAGCCAGGAUCCCUGUGCCGUCCACACGUCGCGUCCAGACCGCGCUUUCCAGGGCAAGGCGCGAGCUUGGCGCCCAGGCUCACGGACGGGUGCCCCAGGCGUGGCCCCGAGAGCCCCUCUGCCCCUCGGCUCGGCCGCCUCCCGGGGCUGCCGGCUGGGGAGCUGAGGGCGCCGGGCGGGCCCUGAGCCCUGCCGCCACACCCGAGGCUCGCCAGCGCCUCUCUCGCUUGACCUUCUGUGUCCUGGCCGAGGAGGCCACGGGCCUGCGGCCACUGUUCCCAGCCGUCGGCCGUGGGAGUCUCAGGACAGCGCCCGGGAAGGGGUCUCACCUCUGUCCCUGUUGUGCACGCGGGUUCGGGGACGCCGCCCACAAACAGCGCGAGGCCUGGCGCCAUCGUGCCAGGCUCUGGAGUCCCGCCGCCUCGGUGCCAGCCUCCGCUGCGCCACCUCCUCGCGGGUGACCUGGGCGAGUCGCCUCACCCCAGGCCCCGUACCUCCUCCUCCCGCGAGGCGCAGGAGUGACCGGCGGGUCUUCUCAGAGCGCUGAGCCCAGGCCAGAGCAAACAAGGGCCAGGUAUCAUCACUGUCACCUCCUGGACGACCCCACGGAGCCAGCCUGCUGUCCCCACUGUCCACCCAAAGGGCCCCUGAGGGCGGGAGACCUGGCCACCCUGCGCGUGACCCCAGGCAUGAGUGGCCCCCUCCCUGGGACCCCAGAAGGGUCUAGAGGGAGCCCAGUUGGGGCUGGGAGGCCUCAGCCAGACCGUCCCCGGCAGCCCUGGGCAGGCGAGCAGGGCCUGACGGCCAGCCAGGCAGAGCCCACGGGUCUGGCCCGCUGGCUCUGAGCACCACUGAGCGCCAGGGCCAUUCCAGGAGCGGGGUCUGCAGCUGACAGGGCAGGCGAGACCCCCUCAUGUCUCACGGGGCACAUUCUACUGGGGGUGGACAGCAAGGAGGUUCACAAAUACGUAUAUCAAGUUGUAGAAAACCCAGGAAGAAAAGACCAAAGCCCUCAGAGCAAGGCUACAGAGCAGGCUACCGGGAGGAAGCUGUCCGUUAAGGGCCUCUCUGCAUGGUCAGGCAGGACAGGAACCAGCAGUGAAGUUGGGAAACUGUACCUGCUAGAGGGAACUCACGUGCAAAGGUCCUGGGGCAGAGAGUGUGGGUGAUGAAAGGUGGACAUUCCUGGGCACUGGGCGAGGGCAUCACAGGGCAGAAGAGGUGUGUUCGGCUUUGACACCCUGACCUGGCGUGGUCCCUGGAGUGUAGCGGGAGCUGCAGGAGGGCUGUGGUGGGAAGGGAGUGGGCGAUUUCAGGACCCGGGUGCCCAUACCCUCCAGUUGCUUCCUUCAUUCAUUUGCUCACCCGACAGUCAUGGAGCACAAGGUGAGACGGGUGCAGGACUGGCCUCGGCUCAGACCACUCUCCAGCGCCACAGCGGCCUCUCUGGGGCCUCCUGGCUGGCGGUAGGUGGGGUUCCGGCAUGGCCCCUGCUCUCUCGCUCCGGAGCCCAGGUGGCCUGAGGGACAGAGCUGGUCUGCAGGUCGGGGCCAGAGCAGCCCCUGCGCAAAGAGGAAGCCUGGGGUCCCGGGAGGAGGGAGCGGAGGGAACACCCUGGUCCUCGGUCCGCUGUCCCGUCUGUAGGACCCGCCGCGCGUCCACUGCCUCUGGAGAGUGGAAGGUUGGAGGGGAACGUGCAGCUGUGGCCGUGGCAGCCCUGGGCGGGGGAAGCGGCCACACACCGCAGGGACCGUCCUCCCUCCUGGCCAGGACGGCAGGAGCUGCCUAGGAGCGCCGGGGCUGGUGGGCGGCUUCUGUCCUCACGGCCGGGGACGCCCACCCAGCGCCCACGCCCAGGCCGCCUCCGGCCGCCCUCUGUACACGGGCAGGGACCUCCACUUCCGGCUCAGCGAGCAGCUCUGAGCUGCUGGUAGAGGACAGGCGGCGACCCGGCUCCAUCGCACCCGCCCAACACCACCCAGGCCACGGACUCUGCCCGUUUGAGGGACAGGACACUGAGGCCCAGGGAGGUGAGGUCAGGGUCACUCAGGAGGCAGCGCGUGCCCAGGCAGACGGGCGGGCACCCGGGAAGGACGCCAGCCGCGAGGCCGGCCCAGGGGAGCAGCUGUCCCGGAGGAUGCGCUCAGGAGGGGCGUGGCCCCCGGGGAGGCCGAGGCCAGGCGCUCAGGAGGCCCUCGCAGACACGCCGCCCUUUCCUUUCUCCGGGGACCCAGGGAAGGUCCUGCCACCACACAAGCCGCCCAGCGAGGGGCUCACUGCGGUCAGGCCCUGCGGAGCCCCAGGGCGCAAUCUCCGCACCCUGCACUGCUGGGCGCCAGGCGGGGUGGCAGAGGCCCUGCCAGGCCAUGCUGCACGGUGGCCAGGCCAGCUGAGCUCAGGACAGCAGGCGGGGCCGGGAGCCGAGGAGCAGAGGGGCUGGCGGCCGGCCGUUCCGCUGGCGCUCACUCACGAGGCCAUCUGCUCGGCGGGGCGGGCGCAGGCGCUGGGGCAGAAGCAGCACCCGGGCAGCCACGUGCCGCCCCAGGGCCUGCGCGCUCGGGAGGCCCAGCUGGCCUACCCGCUGCAGCUGCCGGCCGGGCUCCUUGGUGCAGCCCCUCCCUCCCCAGAGGCCCAGAGUCUGUGGCCGAGAGGGCGGGAGACAGCGCUGCAGGCGGGUGUGGGGCACGGAGCCCAGGUACCCCUGCCCUGGGCGGCGCCCAGGCUGUGGUCAGUGUUGGUCCCCAGAAGGAUCCCCAGAGAAUGACCCUGGCCAGCCCCAUGCACAGCUCAGGCACCGGCACCGUCCCCGUGUCCUCAGAAGAGGUUGGCCUGUCUGCUUGCAGCCCUCCAAGGCCCCCGGGACUGGAGCCCUCCCAGAGGACAGUGGAGGCUGGGGUGGGAGGACCCUGAGCCCCCCGGGCCCCCCACGUGCACUUUCACACUCCGUUCAGAGACUCUUCAGCCCCCGUCCCCUCCCGUUGCCCACGGUGUUAGUGGGACACUGACCAUGCUUUACUCUGGGUU